AUGAAUAUCAAGACAGAGUUGAUAAAAGCACAUCAAAUUCUUAGUAAUUUGAACCUUUUCCAAGCAUCUAAAUGGUGUGCUGAAGCUAUCAACGGUAUAUCUGAUACCAAAGAGUUAGAACCCACGACAAUCAAUGUAACUUUAUCAUCAGAAGAUAUAAAAGAAUACGAUCGAUUCAUACUAGCUAAAUCUUAUUUUAAUGUUAAGGAAUUCGAUAGAUGUGUUCAAGUCUUGAUAUCUUGCAAAUCACCCAAUUGUAUAUUUUUAAAGCUUUACGCAAGUUUACUUUCCAUAGAUAAACGAAAUAAUGAAGAAACUGAUGGAUCUAUCAAUGUAUUCUCCAUUGAUAAUAACGCAGGCGUUAAAGAUGACAAGGAUUUGAAUAAAUAUUCCAAGUAUUCAAAAAUCAUUCAAGAGAUUGAAAACUGGAUCAAAAACAACCCCAAUUCUGACUUUUCCUUCUUAUACUACCUUUUAGGAGUGAUUUAUAAUAAGAAGAAGAAUUAUCAAUUAUCACAAAAGAAUCUUAUAAAAUCAUUGGUUUUAUUCCCAUAUAAUUGGUCAUGUUGGCAAGAACUUAUUGAUUCUAUAGUUAAUUUCGAUGAAUCUAUUGAAGUCAUUAAUACCAUCAAAUCAACAGAUUUAUAUACCAAUAUAAUGUUCCAAAUAUUUGAAGUAGUAUUAUCUCAGGAAUUUUAUCAACCACAAUCUAAUAUCACCAAUUUGAAUUACUUACUAACAGUUUUUCCAAAUUUCAAUUUCUUAAAGAUUCAAGAUUUCCUUAUUCAUUAUCAUAAUCUUGAUUAUUAUCAAGCAGAGAAGAUUUUUGAUCAAAUCUUAAUUGAUGAUCCCUUAAGAUUAGAUGAUUUAGAUACUUAUUCUAAUAUGUUAUAUGUAAUGGAAAAGAAAUCUAAAUUAUCAUACCUUGCACAAUAUUCAUCAAAUAUUGAUAAAUUCAAACCAGAAACUUGUUGUAUCAUAGCCAACUAUCAUUCAAUGAAAGGUGAACAUGAAAAAGCUAUUAUGUAUUAUAAAAGAGCAUUGAUUUUAAAUAAAAAUUCUUUAAGUGCCUGGACAUUAAUGGGACAUGAAUUUGUUGAAUUAAAGAAUAGUCAUGCAGCUAUAGAAAGUUAUAGAAGAGCUGUUGAUAUUAAUCCCAAAGAUUUUAGAGCUUGGUAUGGGUUAGGACAAGCUUAUGAAGUAUUAGAUAUGCAUUUAUAUUCCCUUUAUUAUUAUCAAAGAGCAACCAAUUUACAACCUUUAGAUAAAAGAAUGUGGCAAGCUAUAGGGAAUUGUUUUGAAAAAAUUGGUAAAUUUGAUGAAUCAAUAAAAUCAUUUGAGAAAGCUUUAACUAUUGAUCUAAUAAAACAAACUGAUUCAUCAGAAAAUUUUGAUCCAUUUGUUUGUUAUAAAUUAGCUAGUAUCUAUGAAAAAUUAAGUAAUACCAAACAAUGUUAUAAAUUUAUGAAACUUUGUUUCGAUCAAGAAUUUGAAUGGGGGAUUACUGAUGAAACUUCAAAGGCAAGAUUAUGGUUAGCUAGAAAUGCAUUAGAAAAUUCUAGAUUUGAAGAAGCUUAUGAAUUAACCAAAGAUUUAAAUCAUAAUAAUGCUCAUGAUAUUGAAGAAGCAAGAGCUAUAACUAGAGAAGCAAGAAAUAGAAUGAAUAAGUAA